AUGGCGAAUCAAAAUGACCAUGUAUCAAUUCACAUGCCAAAAUAUGAGACAACACCGAUUCAUUUUGUGACUCCAGCAUAUAAUGUUUCAGUAGAUAUAGCUGAAAUACAAAAUUAUAUUCGUGAGAAAGCAGAAAAGAAUUUAAAACAAUGUGAAUCUUUUGAAGUAUCAUUACCACCAUCAAUUACUGGUAUUACUGGUGAGUCAACAAAGAUUAAAUUCAGCUCAUUAUUUCAAACUCCAACAUUAAAUGAGCUUGAAACCCUAUCGACUAAUGCUGAUGGAUCAUCGAAAAAAUUAAACGACGAACAACUUAAAGCAGUUUUACAAGCAGGAGAAUUUGAAGUACAUAGUAUUCAUUUUCCUGGCCAAAAUCAUCGAUGGAAAUUAAGUAAAUUACUUCAAUCGGGUGUUCAACCAGCCAAUGAUACGCUCUUUAAAGAACUAUCAUGGGCAGUUUAUAUGCUUAUAAUAUUUGCUCGAGAUCGUGUUUUAUCGAAUUGCUUUAGUUUUAAAGCAGCUUUACGAUCAUGGAAGCAAGGUUUCGUUAGUUUAAUAGAUGCCCUUAUUGGAUUACCUGCAGUUGAGUCAGCUGGUAUCGAUUUACGAGUAGAAAAUGAACGAAACAAAUUUUUAGUUAUUGAACUUUGUCCAAAUGAAAGUGAAAAAGAAAUGCACGAAGCAUUCUGUGCACAAAUACCAAUUCUAUUGGAAAUGAUGAUUGAAAAUGAGAAAUAUACACAACGGCAAGCAAAGAAUAUUCCACCCCGUAUGCUACCAUAUCCGCAUCAUUUUGUAACACCUAAUAAUAUUGAAAUUGAUCUUCGAUUACACAAUAAAAAUCUUCAAACAAAACUGAAAUCAAUUAUUAGCUCGGUUCUGAGUAACAAUACACCAAGAAGUUGGUUUAUUGCAGCAAAAAGAAGAUUAAUUAAUCAAUAUAGAAACGAGCAAAGUGAAUUAGGUUUAUCAAAAGAAGAAGUUGCUAAACGAGUUCAAACACAAUUAAACGUUGAAUAUACUGAGCGAGCAUUUGAAACUAUUGAAAAUUCUCGUGAAAUCGAAAAUCUAUCACCUGGUCUUGGCCGUUUAUUAGUUGCACAAGCUCGUGCUAUAUUAGUAAUGAAAUCAGUUGUUCAAAAUUUAACUGAAGAUUUAGAAAAACAUCUUACAAUGAUUAGAGAAAAACUAGUUAAAGAACAUCCAAUAAAAUCGAAAAUUAAUCGUUGGAUUGAGACAAAAUUAUUUGAAGAACGAAUAAAUUAUAUUCAUCAACAUGAAUGGGAUGCACAUCAAUUAUCCAUUGAUCAGUGUAAAACAUUAGGAAAUCAACAAGCCGCAUACUUUAUUCAACGUGAUUUAGCAUUCAGACAAGAUCACGAAUCAACUCUUCGUCUUAAUCUUAAAUCACCUGUUACACCUCAACGAACUAUUGAUUGCAGUCGAGCAAUAUGGUUUCGAAAAAAUUGGAUCAUUGAACGAACAUACCCAUUACCUACUGAACGAAUUCCAACCUUAUUUGCGAAAUACACUUAUUCAAAUGAAGAAGAAGAGAGACGACAACGCCUGAUUAGUUCUGAACCUGAAGCACAAUAUAGCGUUCGACGAAAAAUAACUUAUUCAACAACAACAAGAUAUCCUUUUUGGAGAUGGAAACUAUUCGCACUUCGAACGUAUUGCUGGCUUUCAAAUGCUAUUUAUGGAUUUUGUCUUGUUGUUCCAUUUGGGAGUCCAGUUAGUUUCCGAGCUUUAUUAUCUCCGAAACCAUUUCAACCGAAUUAUGAAUUAAAUAAAAAUGAUUUAAAACUUCACGAAUCGUCAAGUUCAAAAACACAAACAUUUAUUUCACGUCUUGUUGCUCUUUGGGGUAAUGUGAGGCAUUCAAGACAAAAAUUUGAGCAAACACCCGAUCGAGGAUUCUUGGGAAAGAAUAUGCAAAGAUUGUUCAAUCGAUUUUGGAACUACAUAAUAAAAGGUGCUCUCGGCACGGUUGCUGUGUGCACUGUUUAUCCAUUGGCUUGCUCAAUUAUUCCGACAUUCUCUUUUAUAUUAGGUGUUCUUUCACCUAUAUGGAUGCCAAUUCUUACAUUAUUAUUUCAUAUACUUCAAAUUCUUAUCUAUGACGCUAGUUCAGCUGGUGAAUAUGGUCGAAAAAUAUUUUGUCUUAUUAAUAUUGUUAUAACUGAUUUUAUACUUUGUGGAAUUGCACAACCAAUAUUAGUAUUAAUUGCAUUAAUUGCUAGUCCAAUUAUUUCUGUUUUAAUUGCUAUUUAUGCUCUACUGCAUCGGUGUACACGUGGAGCGUAUGAUAAAAUAGUACAUAAAUUAAUUGUUAAACGGUUCGCUCGAAUUCCUGCACAUGAUGGUUUUCUCGCACGACGUGUCGCUGGUCCUGGUUUAGCAGCAGAAUAUUUCUAUCAGGUUGCAUCGCCAGAAGUAUUGGCAGCACUAGAAUCAUUGAUUGAACAGAAUGAAUUAAAAACUUAUCGUUCAUAUGUUGAACAAAUUUUAAUGAAGCCUAUUGAUGAAUAUCGACAAUUCUUUAACAGUGCAUUUGAACCAUUUUCAGCUCAGAUUCAAAUAAAAAAUAGUGAAUCAACCUAUGGUCGAAUGAAUGAUGUUGUUAACGAACAUAUACGAUCAUUACGCACGACAAUUGAAAAGCGUAAUAAUUUACUCCAGUUAAGUCGUAGUGCUCAACAUGAUCGUAUUCGACUAACAGAAACUGAUUUAACAGCUGUACUUAUUGAAGGAACACAAUUAGUAGAAAAAUGGUAUCCAAAACGAAUACUUCCUUAUUUAAGUAAAAAUGAUUUAGAAAAGUUUUGGAAUGAUCAAGAUCUUGAACAAAAUGAUUGGUUUGGUUUAACAAGUAAAUUACUUCAAGAAUUAUUUUGCCGAGAUUUCUUAACACCACUUGAACAAACGGAUGUAUUCUAUAGUCUAAAAGUUGACCAUUUGACUUUAUCUAAAUAUGCGCACAUGAUCCAUUCAGCUGAUGUACAUGAUGAUCUUGAUGUUGUCACAAGUGUUUAUUUACCUGAAAGUUCAUAUUCAAUUCAAUAUCCAUCAUUCAAUCAAGAUAUUCUCGAUCCAAAUGCACGUAUUCUUCAAAUAUCAACAGAUUAUUCACACAAACGAUAUAUAAAAUCUCAUGGUCGUGUAUACCGAUUUUUCAAUCGUAAAGCAAAUUAUACAAAAAUUUCCAAAAAUUUAUCACAAUUCGUUGAUUACACAUCAAUAACAUGUCGUUUUUCUAUACCAAUAGAAAUACCUGAAGUAGCUUAUAUCAGUGUUAUAAUAUUCAAUCGUUAUACUAAUAAUUCAACGACAAUAACAUCGACUAAAAAUAUAACUCUUCAAGAUAUUUGUCAACUUAUUGAAUUCAAUAAAAAAUUCUAUGAUCAACCUAUGCUACCCAGCAAUUUGCCAAUGGCUUCAUCUCUUACUACAAAUAAUAAUAAUACGACAAAUGAUGAUUUACUCAUGAUUCAUAAUGCACCGAAUAACAAUGAUGAUGACCUACUCGAUAAUAAUAUUGCUGUACUUGAUGAAAAAUUUUUGUAG